AUGGCGACACAAAAUGUCUUAAUCUUAGGCGCCGGGGCCAUUGGCGCUUUCUAUGGUUCACUUCUGUCCCGUCUUGCAACGCUGCGUGUCAGCGUGGUAUGCAGGUCCAACUUUCGCGCCGUCUCCACUUCAGGAUUUCGGGUGACUUCUCCUACGUUUGGCGAAUAUACCUGGAAGCCCUUCAAAGUCUUCGGAAAGCCUGCUGACGCCGGCAAUCCUGCCUUGGGCGGAUUGAGGAAGUGGGAUUACAUUGUUGUGAGCACGAAGGCAUUACCAGAUGUUAGCGAUGACUCCGUCCUCCUUAACGGUCUGGUUGGCGAUGGUACGAAGGUAGUCCUCGUGCAGAACGGGCUGGGGGUCGAAGAGCCGUAUGUCGCUCGAUGGUCCAGCAAGGGUGUGCGGGUGUUGAGCGCUGUGACGAUCGCAAGCUGCGAGCAGGUCGAGCAUGGCGUCAUUCGCCAUAAUCGAUGGACCAGGAUCAAUGUCGCGCCAUUCAAAUGUCCAAACGACACUGGCCGAGAUUUUGUGCGAUGGUUAAACGAGGUCGGCGUCAGAGACGCCAAGUUCGACCCAGAAGAGAAGAUGCAGAUGCUGCGGUGGCACAAAUGUGCUAUAAACGCAGCAAUGAAUCCAUCCAGCGUGCUGUCAGGUGGCGCGCCGAACGUUGAUAUGUCACUCGAUGAGGAGAUGAGUAGGCAUUUAAUUGGUGUCAUGCAGGAAGUCAUCGACACAGCCCCAAAAGUGGUGGGCAUUGAGAUGCCGAAAGAGUUCGCAACAGCGGAGCAGAUCUUGGCAAGUACCAAGAAAAACGACAGCAAAAGCAUACCCAGCAUGCAGCAGGACUGGGCCAAAGGUGCAAAGAUGGAGCUCGAGGUGAUCCUAGGAGCGCCGAUCAAGUUGGCGAGGGCGAAGGGCAUCGAGAUGCCAAGGCUGCAGAGCAUUUACGCGCUCAUAAAGAUGAAGCAGAAGAGGAGAGAUGCCGGACACAAGCUAUGA